CUUGCGCAUCAAGCAGCAGAAGCAACCCUAACCUCCUGCAAUAAUAACCUUUAUUUUGACGGAAGAAAAUUAGAGUCCUCAAAAUGCAUCGUUCUCUCAUCAAACACAGAAGAAAAAGAAGAAUAAAUCCCCAUAAUUUCCAUUUCCAUACACGAAAAAGAGAAAUUUAUUUUCAUUGUCCGAGUCAUGCGAUGGAAGCGGAAUUCCAACGCCGCUUGUUUGCACCAGAAUCAUCGCCUCCAUCAUUCAGUUGGUAUACGAAUCCAUUAUUGCGCCGCCCCCACCAAGAACGCCAAGAACAGAGGAGUAGUAGAAACUGGCUCCAUCUUCCGGUGGAACUCAUUCUUAUCAUCUUCGAGAAGCUCGGAGCCAUAGAGGUUCUCACCAGUGUACAGCGAGUGUGCAUGCUCUGGCGGACCAUCUGCAAGGAUCCGUACACGUGGCGCGUGAUCAACAUGCGCGUCGUGGGGUUUCCCAAAUUCAUGGACUACCAAUUGAGUUCGCUGUGUCGCCGUACCAUCGAACGCAGCUGCGGUCUCUUGGUGGACAUAAGUAUUGACUAUUUUGCUACCGAGGAUCUCCUCAACGACAUCGCUAAUUUUUGUGGAAGUCGUCUUCGACGUUUACGACUUAACCGGUGCUACUACCGCAUAUCACCAAAAGUGUUGUGUGACUUGGCAAAAAAGUGUCCUUGGCUUAAGGAGCUUGAUAUUACCCAUUGCUAUUGUAUUACCCCAAGUUUUUUGGAAUCUUUUGGUCAAGCUUGCCCUCUUCUAAAAACCUUCAAAUUCAACUACGACCGCCCACUUGAUCAUUAUUACAUUUCUUCUAGGCUGCGCCGCACCAAUAAUGAAUAUGCAUAUGCUAUUGCACGAAGCAUGCCACAGUUACGCCGUCUCCAACUUCUUGGAAGCACGUUGGAUUAUGAUGGUUUGCAUGCUAUUCUUAACGGUUGUCCACAUCUGGAAUCUCUAGAUCUACGUCACUGUAUCAACUGUGAUACGAAAAGAGAAAUAAUAAUAGAAAUGGUGCAAGGAAGAAUCAUGAAUUUUAGACUUUCAAUUCUAGGUGCAUCAACAAUUGACUAUGAGUUUUGUUCGUUACUACCUUACGAAGAGGCAAUGAGAGAUUGGGGUUUCAACGCUUUAGUAGAGGAAUGGCACAUGUUUCAAGCUAGGAUCAAGAAUGAAAAAAUAUCCAAACUUGCCUUAGUAAAAUAUGAAGACGAGGAGGUUUGGGAGGAUAUAGAUAUGAUAUGGGUCACUGUGAAAAAUAAAAGAAGACAUAGGCGAGAGAGUACUAAUAAUUUCAAAGCGCUUCAAAGAUCUCGCCGGAGAAAAAAACACCACACUGUAUCCAAAAAGAGGAGAAAACAUGGAGAAAAGGCAAGCAAGAUUGACCUCAGAAGCAUGUGUUUUGGAGAGGAGUUACAAUUAUUAUUCUGAAGAUUGAAUUCAAGAACAAGAGGAGAUUUAAUAUGUGUGUUUUAUGGUGUCACUCUGUUAAGUCUGUUUUUUAUCUGUUUAUUGGCUGAGCUCAUUUGGCAGGUGUAGUGUGCUUGGCUUUUUACUCUUGGAAGGACAUGGACUAUGCCAGAUAACCUAAAGCAAUAAUUUGAGAGUUGGACGAAUGCUUCACAAAGAAAGAAUAAGAGGAAGCGGUGGUUGAUUGGAUUCUUUGCUGUUAUCUGAGAAAUUUGGCUUGAACAGAAUGACAGAGUAUUCAAUAAUCAAGGCUCAAGUAUGGUGGAAAUUUUAAAUAGAUCCUUGGUACUUUCCGACGAGUGGAGUGGUGGCGAACCUUUUGGUUGUUGAUGGCAAUGUCGAAGAUGACUAGAGAUUGAUUUACUUUUGAGUUGUUCAUUGACGUGUUGUUCUUUGAGAUUUUUGUUACUUGACUUCCAGUUGUUGCUCCA